CCUCUCCUACUGCCUCCCUUCCUCUACCUCUUCCCUCCACUCGGCCAUUCGCCCCCAUUACAUCCAAGAAAGACACAUUUACUCCAUGUGUGCCAUAUUGUCUUGCUGCACUACAUCCCUCUGACUCCCUCUGCCUCCUCUUGCUCUCUGCCUCUCUCUGUGCGUUUGCCUUUCCCUCCCCAGACCCAAAACUUUGCCACCGAACUUUCGCUUCCUUCCUUCUGACCCUCUGCCUUCCCACCCCCCCGGGCCUUCCUCUCCCAUGAUCGGCAGCUACAAUUAUGCUGCAUUUUUCCUUUAAAUUCACUAGUAUGAAAAUACCUUCAAAGCAAUGAUGGAAAUGCUGUCGAUCAAACAGCUCACCUUUCAUCUGGUCAUGACAGGAUGAACUUGGAGCUUAGCUCAAUAAGAACUUGCGCUGGAAUUUCUCUACUAAGAGGAACGCAGUGUGACAAAAGGACGUCUAUCUUUCUUUAUUCUCACACAACCAACAAAACAAGCCAACACGCACUGGUGUAGCACAAACAGACGUGGCACACACACGAAAGGGGAAGAUGACCAUCGAGUUCUGACGAGGAUGAUCCUUUUCUACCUUCCAAGAAGGAGGCAGGAGUACCGUCUCUUGGCUGAGGGAAGCAGGAGUUGUGAUCUCUCCUUGGAAGUUGACAAGCUUCCCUCCUCAGAUGUUGAACAUCCCUUCAGCUCUUCGUCCUUUUCAGCAGACUCACACUGGAGUAGAGUAUCCUCAGGGCCUUAGUAAUCCAGGAGAAGGCAGUUUCGAACACGAAUGCGAGACAGCCAACUAUCCUUUCCUUUCGCAGUAUCAUGAGUAUUUUUUUACGCAAAGUUAAGUGAGUAUCAUCCGAUUCUCGGACUCAGACUUUGAGUAAACGGACAGACAGUGACUCAGGCUUUUACUCAAAGUUAAGUCAGGCUACUCCGACUCUCGCUGUCUUUCAAGUUCUCUGAUCUCAGUUUAACUUAAACUUGACUGCGACGGUGAGUAAAGA